UGUUAUCCUCGGACAGGAUCCAGGGGUGUGAGUGUCAGAGACCGCGUGUGUGUGGCUUGUCUUUUUUUUUUUACUUCUCUCUCUCUCGCGCCAUCCGUCUCUUACCCUCAACCCAUCCACACCAUCAGAAGACAAGAAAGGAAAAAAGAAGCCCGCCCCUCUCUCUUUUACUUCUUCCCUCUGGGUUGCUGCUAUCCCUUUUACCGCCCCGGCUCCAACGGCCCGGUUCAUUUUGCAAGAUAGCCCCACCUUAGCUUUGUCGAUUUUCCAAAAACCCCAUCUCCGUGUGGUUCUUGUCGGACCUUCUUGUGUGCUCUUGUAGAUGAAUCGAUCUCUCCCCCCUGGUCUACAUGACGCCCAGCUCCCCAGAUGAAGCUCUUCACUUUCGCGGCAAGACCCUGACUCCCGAGAGCCCUCGUCCGCUACACGUCGCGGAACCUGCCAGGAUCCCGGUGCUUCAGAAUCAAAUGGACCCUGUUUUUAACGACACGUCGACUUAUGAGAAGUCCGAGGCCUUCCUUGGCAAUAGUUCCCAGGCGCAUCCCAAUGAUUCCACCUCAUUUCGUGGCCAAUAUGCAGGGCCCGGCGAAGUGAGGGGAACUACUGGCUCCGUGCAAGUGCCGGAGCAACCACCACCGCGCCAACCACCAAACACUCAAGGUAGCUUCCACUCGGACUCGUCGCAGGUGGAGGAUGGAUCGAUGAACAAGAUUGCCAACGCACUGUCUGCUACGGCUACUACUGCCCAGGCGUCCUUUGCAUCAGACCAACCCGCGCCUCCCAUGGCCGCUGGUACCUCCUCUGCGGCCCAGGACACUCCAACAAACUCUUCUCUAACCACUCUUCCUCCAUCAGAUCCCGCCUCCCUCCUAGCUCCUCCUCCCCCCGAAGUCCCUCCCUCUUCCUCCCAUGCCGCUCAAGACACCCCCAGUGCGAGCGAGGUAGACCACGCAGUCGCCAGCUGGACCGCCCAGCCCGCGCCGCAAACUCGCCUAGAGCCCCAGAGCAAAGCUGAUGAUAACACUGGUGAGGAUGGUGUCGAUUUCCAGAACCUCCUCGAUAAUCUACCCCCUUCUUCCACUGCGCCCUCUGCCCCUGCGGUCUCAGAGACGGCGCCUUUGUCAGCAGACGUUUCUGCCCUUCCCCAGGCAGGAACGGAUGACGAGGCGCUCCAAUCUUCCCUGGGACUCCCCCCUCGCCCCCCUCCCCAGGAGAAGCCCUCUAUCCAUCCCAACUACAAUGCCAGUGAUGACAUCCGGUCAUAUCACCAGCUCCCCCCUAAUACUUCGAAUGCACAAUCCUCCCCCUCCUCCACCUACACCGCCCAGCAGAGUAAUUAUCAGUCCAAUCUGGGCCUCCCAUCAUUGGCUGCGGCUGGCGCACCGGGGACGUCCUCGGGUGCCAGCGCUUUGCCCCCUCCCCCCGUGCCGAGUUUCCAACAGUCUACAUCUACUACUUCCGAGUCUCAGGGUUCCCCAGGACCAGUGAAUAACAGAAAGGCUGGGAGUGAACGGGUAGUGGCCCGGCAGAACAAGGGUUCCGAUGAAGACACACCAUGGGGCCCCGAGGUGCAGAAGAAGUACGAUGAGUUUCUGCAUGAUGAAAGGAUCUACGUAACUGAAGGUCUUUGGGACCGGUUUCCGCCGGGUUCUAGAUUGUUUGUCGGUAAUCUGCCCACCGAAAGAGUGACGAAGCGUGACUUAUUCCACAUCUUCCACAAAUUUGGAAAGUUGGCUCAGAUAUCCAUUAAGCAAGCCUAUGGAUUUAUCCAGUUUCUUGAAUCGUCUGCCUGUAAACAGGCUCUCGACGCUGAGCAAGGAGCCGUUGUUAGAGGACGCAAAGUCCAUCUUGAAAUCUCGAAGCCACAGAGGAGUACAAGACCCGGGGCCGCCCCGGCAGAACCUUCUCGCGCUCCUCCCAGGCGCUCGAGGUCUCCAGAAUUCAGCCGGAGUGGUCCUUCCGGAAGCCGCAGUACGAGAGCCCCGGCUGAUCGUUACGAUCGUCCGUACGAAUCGGGGCGCGUGCCAUUCAGCGAUUUUAGGGAUGAGCCCGGCCACCGUAGACGUGACGACUAUCGACCACCCCCUCCGCCUCGCUCGCCGUCUCCUCGUGCUUUCCGCGCUAGGGAUGGGUACCGGUCUCGAGAUAGGACUCCAGAGCGGUACGAUCGACGUGAAAGGCGGCGUUCUCGGUCACCAUACACGAGGGAUCGCAGGUAUCGCAGCCCAAGCCCACGGGGUCGUGGGUCUUACGAAAGCGAUGCAGACCUGCCCGUUCCUCGGCGAGCUCCGAGAGACGUACCGGAAGUGCAGAUCCUUGUGCUCGAGGAAUUGGAUCGCAACUUCAUUUUCUUUGUGGAGAACUCUUUCCGUAACCGGGGUCUCCGGGUGGAUGUGCUUGUCCUUGGACCCCGAAUCCCCCUGAACGCUGCUGUUCAACGACAGAUCCAGGAGGGCGUCCUUGCGGUAGUGAGGCUUUCACGCCCGAGUCAGUUCUCUAGGAAAAUCCCCCUGCAGGUGUUUGACCGAAGCGGAGGGCCAGACAACGUUCGCUCCAACGAGUACCCUGAUGUCGAGCCCAGUAUCGCCGCCGAGAUUGUGUUCCAUGCCCAGUCGAUGCAGCGUGGCGCUCCCCCGGCGCCUUUCCCUCCGAACCCGGCAUUUGGGAUUCCCCCGCUUCCUGCUCCGGCCGCAACAGUGCCUCCUCAGGCACCGCUGCCCACCGUCGCCAAUCAGCCCAAUAUUGCCAACCUGAUUACCUCCCUUGACGCGCCCACGCUACAGUCGCUGUUGGGAGUGCUCCAGCAACGGCCGCCCGCUGUGCCAACGGCGCAGCAGCCGUUUCCUAGUGCCAGCACGCCGCAUGGCGCAGCAGACCUCGCUAGCCUGCUGAACGCUGCCACUCGCCAGCCUGUUGCUGCUAACCCGCAACAGCCACUGCCUCCACAGCCCUUUCCUCUGCAGGCGCCCAAUGCUCCUUUGGUAUCCGAUCCCAACUUAAUUUCGUUGCUUGCCAAGGGACUCGGAGGCCAGCAGCCUCAAAACCAGGCAGCCGUUGGUCCCCAGGUGCAGAACAUCAUGAACCAACUGGGCAAAUGGAAGCAAUGAUUGAUGACAUUCCUUGUUUACUCUCUCUUUUCUCUUUCCUCUCUUCCUCUUUCUCUCUGGCUUCGCAGUCGUUGGCGACAUUUAAGGAGUCGGGCGUUGACUGAUUGAUCGAUUGAGAAUCGGAUAUGGAGCGUUACCGCUGAUAAAGGUUAUGAAGGUUCGGUUGUUGGGUUGAUUUUUCUUGCGCACUCGGUCGAAUCAGCGAAUACACGUUAUAGGGGUGCAAUGGUUCGGUUGGUUUUGAUGU